UGUUUUUUACUUGGUUCAGAUCCAAAGCAAAUUCGCAGAAGAAACCAUCAUUCAUUUCCAGAACAAUUCAGCAAGGACAAUCUCUCAAUUUGCAUGUAAAAAUAACCCCCUUUUUAAUAUCCAAAAAAAUCCUUAAAAGUAGCCCCAAAUCAUAUAACCCCAGUAACCCCACCAUGUCAUCCUGUUUUUGUUUCUCAAUAGCUUUGUAAUUGUGAAGAAAAUGGUCCGUCCCACCAUCCUCCAAUCCUUCAAAUUCAAGCCUUAUCAACAGUUAACAUCAAUGUCCUAGUAGUACUCAAUUAUCCAUAAAGCCGAAAAGGUAAUAAAUUGGAAAGAAAAAGGAUGGAUUUGAGUUACAGAAGACUAGGUGUUAAAAGCAGUGUUGUUGCAGCUGGGUCGGUGUGGGAAACUAGAAUGAAGAGCGAUGAAUUCAGAGGUGGAAUCAAGGUUUUCAAUGGAGAAGAUGAAGAUGAAGAAGAAGAAAACAUCAAUGGUGAUGAUGGUGAUAAAAGAUUGAAGAAAGGACAAAGUGUCGGUGGUAGCAAGAGAAAGACUUGGAAAAAUGAAAGCUUUGAUGGGUUCAAGAAGAACCCAAUUAAGGUAGUAGCUAAAGGAAGAUCCAUGGAACAUUGUAAAGAUUUGAGCUUGGCUGUUGUUGAUAAUGGGAUUAAGAAGAAGAGUCCAGUUCAGGUCAAGAAAGGAAGAUCUGAUGGAAAUGAGAGAAACCCAAUUCUUACGAGGAAGCAAAGAUCUCAAGUUCAUAAAAGGACUGCAAAAACAGAUUCAAAUGGAAAUGAAGAUUUGGGUUUGGAUUCCAUUGAAGAAAAUGAGAAGAAUCCAGUUGAAACAGACAAGGUUGAAUCUGAGACUGAAGAGAACAAUGAAGAGCAUGGUGUUUGCCAAGUCAAAACCAUUUCAAGCUCUGCUGAUAAUGGAGAUACAGUCAAAUCAUCACCUGAACCAUUACUUGAUGAUGAUGAUGCUCAUAGUGAUGGUGAUGGUGCUGAAGAUGAUGAAGAACAGAUAGAGGAAGAGAAUGGAAUUGAAGUUGAAAAUGAAAAGAAGAGCUUUGAUAUUAAGGAAAUGAAUGUACAAGAGGACAAGAAGCUUCCCAAAAUUGAUACUCAAGUGAAGAAAUCACCAGAAGAAAAGCCUAACAAAGCUAUCAAUGAAAUGAAGAAGGUACAUGAGGAUAAAGGUAGCAAUGUUGUUAAUCAAGUGAAGAAAUUUAGUCAAUUCCAUAACAAAACUGCAACUUUUUCUUCAACUAUGAACAAACAGCCUCCACCAGUUGUAAAGCUUGCUACUUCAAUUCCCACAAAAUCUAAACCUUCCUCAAAUGAUGAUCACCAUUACCACAAAUUCCCACAAACACAGAACAAAUUGCAGAAUAUAGUUGAUUUAGUAAUGUGGAGAGACAUACCAAAAUCGGCAUUGAUCUUCGGAAUAGGAACAUUCAUCAUAAUCUCAUCCUCUUACACACAAGAUCUCAACAUCAGCUUUAUUUCUGUAAUUUCCUAUAUGGGACUUGUUUACCUUUCAGCCAUUUUCCUUUACAGAUCAAUCAUCUGCAGGGGAGUUGUGGAAAUAGAUGAAUCAAACUGUGUGGUUGGAGAAGAAGAAGCAAUUUGGUUACUUAAAUUGGUUCUUCCUUACUUGAAUGAGUUCUUAUUAAAGCUGAGGGCACUUUUUUCUGGUGAUCCUUCAACAACAAUGAAGAUGGCAGUGCUGCUGUUUGUUUUGGCCAGGUGUGGCAGCUCUAUUACCAUCUGGAAAAUGGCUAAACUGGGUUUCUUUGGCGUUUUCAUUGUUCCAAAACUCUGCACUUCUUAUUCUCACCAACUAACUGCAUACGGAAAAUUUUGGAUUGGACGGUUUCGAGAUGCAUGGGAAUCAUGCACGCAUAAAAAGGCCGUGGCAAUGGUCCUCUUCACCCUGGUUUGGAACCUAUGUUCUACUGUUGCUCGCAUUUGGGCCGCAUUCAUGCUAUUUGUGGCACUUCGAUACUAUCAGCAAAAAAUGACGGAUGAAUGGAUGGAGAGGGAAGAAGGUCUAUGUGGAAGUGGAUCAUCCGUUGAAAUUUAAGACAAAGACAUCAUCGGCUUAACACAUCUAAAGUAGAACCACUUAAAAGUUAAGAAAGGAUUCUGACUCUGCCUGCCUGCCUGUCUGCCUGCCUGCCUGCCUAGCCCCAUAAACCUUAUAAGCUUCUUCCAUGCAUCACGUGUUGGUGCUCUGUAAUAUUUGUAGAAAAACAUAAAUAUUUUUCUAUGGUAAUAUAUUUUAUUUAAUUUUUUGGCUGUAAA